CCGCAUUUAAAACUCCCAUGGACUUUAUGGAAAAGUAAGCGUGGGCUGUGUCUUCAGCGCCUUCUUCCACUGCAAAAUGAACACCAUUCUGCCUUGCCAAGACCAGUACUUUGUAGGAGGCCAAAGCUAUAAUUGUCCGUAUUCCACUACAACGUCAGAAUCUACUGUUGAUGUUUCCAGGGAGACUUGGGUCUCUUUCUGGGCUGCCGGUCUCCUGGACAACAAAGAGCCUCAACAAGCACCAGAGGCACAGGAACCGUUCAGUGACUCGAAUUUACCUGCUCUGGACUCAGGCUCCUGGAAGGAGGACCAGCUGUCCUCUCAGCUCUACAGAAAUAAGCAGCUUCAAGAUACUCUGGUACAGAAGGAAGAAGAACUUGCUAGGCUACACGAAGAAAAUAAUCACCUGCGACAAUACCUGAAUUCAGCUUUAGUGAAAUGCCUUGAGGAAAAGGCCAAGAAAUUAUUGUCAUCAGAUGAGUUCUCCAAAGCAUGUGGGAAAUUCAGAAAUGGGAAGAGGAAACCCAAAGAGCAGAGAUGCUGUUCUCUUGAGAUUCCCUAUUCCAAAAAUGCCAAGAGAAACCUCUCUAGUGAACAUGCUACUCGCGAAGAACAACCUGGUCCCCCUGUAGACCCCUGGGUCCUUCAAACACUUGGGUUGAAAGACCUCAAUACCAUUGAUGACACCUUACCAGCUAACUACAGUGCCCUCUCUUUACCUACCGCAAGCAUCUCUAGCACAUUUCCUCCAUUUCCAGAUGAUGCUGUUGGUUAUGAAGACGCUCCCAGGGAGGAUCUACUGAUUGAGUGUGGAGGUGACAGAUCAACCCCUGUACAGAGAACUGACAGCCCAGGGGAAGAGUUUGACUUCCUUUCUCAACUUUCAAAUCCUCCGGAAGGACUACGAACCCUGCCUUACUCUACUGCGCAUGUCUCGCCUAACAAGACGGUAAUGGCCUUCUCCACUUCGCUGAGCCCUCACUGUAAUGUGAAAACACAUUCCUUCCACCAGGGACAAGCUUUUGUGCGUAGAGAUGACGACGGAGGCUGGAAGUUUACCUGGGUCCCUAAGCAGUCUUAGUGACUCCUCUUCUACUACAAAGCGCUCCCUUGAACUCUGUUUACAGCCUUCUCUUCCACUUGAACUUAACUGUAUAAAACACAGAAACAAUUGCCCAAGCUGCCUCCUGACACUUUAAAAUCCGAUCUCAAUUUACCCAAUUCAAUCUACAAGGAAUGGCUUCCAAAAAUCCAUAAUGAAAUAUGUGGCUGCUUUUCUUUCACCUGAAUUUGACGUGUUUACACACCAUGACCUGCUGUUGACUUCUUCCCUUUGGUUGAUACUUAAAGGGGUAUUUUCUAAUUGCCUAUGUAUUUCUUUGAAACCUGGGUAUGUUCUUCCAGGCAUAACUAGUGUAGCAGGUUUUCUUGUGUUGUCAACAGAGAUGAAAUGUUUAAGGCC